AUGUUAGGCUCAAAUGACAGCAUCACUGAGAAUAACUUCUUUGAGGAGGAAUUAGAUGAGGAAAAUGUGAUUUUAACCCUGGUCCCCAUUAGAGAGAAACCUAAACAAGAACUUCUAAUGGAAACACAUGUUUCUUCAACUGCAGAUAUCAAACAUGCAGUUCACCUUCCACAAAUGAAUGAACAAUUCAAAGUUUCCCCAAAGCCUAACUGUAAAAUACCACUCCUUCCCUUGCCAACAAUUUUGCCUCAAAUUAAUAAGGUUUCUCAGGGCACUUUGCAAAACUGGUGCCAACAAUUUAAUUUGAGUACCGAUGGCCAGAAAACAGAGAUUUAUUUGAGGCUCCAGAAGCAUGCAUACCCUGAACAAAAAUAUGAUAUUUCUGAAACAUUUCAGGAGGCCAGCCUGAGGCCGUGUUCCAGGAAAUGCAAGGAAGUGGCUGAUGCAACAGGACUAGAGAAAGGUCAUAAUAAGGUUAAGAAAGAGGACGAGGCUAAUAUAGUUGAAGUGAUAACUUCAGCUCAGGAGUCUAUGUUGGCAUCUUGGGCAAGGAUCGCUGCAAGGGCUGCUCAGCACAAGGCUGUGAAUUCCUGUCCCAUCCCUACUUCUGUGGAGGCCUUUCUACUACAAACCUCUGGUGUCAGGUGGUGUGUGGCUCAUGGCCAACUUCUCUCUGCAGACACAGCAGGCUGGGUUUGCCUACAGUUCCACGCAGGUCAGACCUGGGUCCCUGACACUCCCAAGAGGAUGAUUUCUCUCUUCCUGUUACCAGCCUGUACAUUUCCAUCCCCAGGACUAGAAGAUAAUAUGUUAUGCCCUGAAUGUGUAAAAAGGAAUAGGAAGAUGAUGAAAGGAUUAAUUAUGAUGGGAGAGAAAAAGCAAUGCAUUGUAGGAGACCAGAAGGUGCCACCUUAA